UCUUGUUCGUUUAAUAAAGUUUCGUCGAUUCUGAAUCCCUUCUCCUCACGCCGGCAACCAUGGCGGAAUACGAUCUGACCACCAAGAUCGCCCAUUUUCUGGACCGCCAUCUGGUCUUCCCUCUUCUCGAGUUUUUAUCCGUCAAAGAGAUUUACAAUGAGAAUGAACUUCUCCAAGGGAAGCUGGAUCUGCUUAGCGAUACCAACAUGGUGGACUUCGCGAUGGAUGUGUAUAAGAAUCUUUAUCCCGACAAGGAAAUUCCCCUCGCCCUGCGAGAGAAGAGGACCACGGUUGUUGCCCAGCUGAAGCAGCUUCAAGCCGAAACCGAGCUGAUUGUGAAGAUGUUUGAAGAUCCAGAGACCACUCGUCAAAUGCAGUCUACCAGGGAUGGACGAAUGCUGUUUGAACAUCUAGCUGAUAAACAUGGGUUCAGACAAGAAUACUUGGACACGCUUUACAGAUACGCCAAGUUUCAGUAUGAAUGCGGGAACUAUUCUGGAGCAGCAGAGUACCUCUACUUUUUUAGAGUUCUGGUUCCUUCUACGGACCGAAACGCUCUCAGCUCUCUCUGGGGGAAGCUGGCCUCAGAAAUUCUGAUGCAGAAUUGGGACGCAGCCAUGGAGGAUCUGACUCGGCUAAAAGAAACCAUAGAUAAUAAUUCUGUGAGCUCUCCUCUCCAGUCCCUGCAGCACAGAACAUGGCUCAUACAUUGGUCUCUGUUUGUUUUCUUCAAUCACCCUAAAGGACGAGACAACAUUAUCGACCUAUUCCUUUACCAGCCCCAGUACCUGAAUGCCAUUCAGACCAUGUGCCCCCAUAUCCUCCGAUACCUGACGACAGCAGUCAUUACAAACAAAGAUGUGAGGAAAAGGAGACAAGUCCUGAAAGAUUUGGUCAAAGUUAUCCAGCAGGAAUCUUACACGUACAAAGACCCCAUUACUGAGUUUGUGGAGUGCUUAUAUGUUAACUUUGACUUUGAUGGCGCCCAGAAGAAAUUAAGAGAGUGUGAAUCGGUUCUGGUGAAUGACUUUUUCCUUGUGGCCUGUCUGGAAGAUUUCAUCGAGAAUGCCAGGCUUUUUAUAUUUGAGACUUUCUGCCGUAUCCACCAGUGUAUCAGCAUUAGCAUGUUGGCUGAUAAGCUGAACAUGAGUCCUGAAGAAGCUGAAAGGUGGAUUGUCAACUUAAUUCGAAAUGCAAGACUGGAUGCCAAGAUAGAUUCUAAGCUUGGUCAUGUCGUAAUGGGAAACAAUGCAGUGUCUCCCUAUCAGCAAGUUAUCGAAAAGACAAAAAGUCUUUCGUUCCGCAGUCAGAUGCUGGCAAUGAAUAUUGAAAAGAAAAUGAACCAGAGCACCCGAAAUGAGGCACCGAACUGGGCAGCUCAGGACACAGGAUUCUAUUAAUUAUUUAAAACCAGAUCCUACAUAACUGCAAAUGUUCCAGAAUAAUUGUAAAAAGAGCUCAUUUGGAAUAAAAUUGGCUACAAUUCCUUUUAAAAA